AUGGCGGCGCAGGGGGGUGAGGAAAACUGGCUGCCCCGCAUGACCAAGGCCUUCAUCGCUCUGGAUAGCUCCAGCCAUGCCAUCGACACGGCCGCCUUUGCGGCCGCCAUGGAGAAGGUGCUCCCCAUCUUCGAGAAGAUCGGCACCGUCUUCCUGUUUGCGCGGCACGAGUUUGCCGUGGAGACGAUAGUGGUGGUGGCUGCCACCUGCUCCACCCUGGACCAGGUGGUGAGCGCGGGCAAGCAGGACAACACCAUCACCAAGAAGAACAGCCCCGCCCGCAACGUGCACCGCCUGCUCAACACGCUCAACUUCAUCGCCGCCAUCUUUGAGAACCUGGCCAAGGGGCAGGCGCUCAAGGACGCCGUGUCUGACGCCUAUGACCGCACCCUGGCCCAGAUACACGCGUGGGUGGUGCGGGCGGGCAUCAAGACGGGCAUGAUGGCGCUGCCCACACGCGAGCACUUCCUGGCGAGCAUCGGGGAGACGGAGGACAGCGCACGCCACCACGCCGAGGGCUUUGUGGUGGAAGCGCACAAGCUGGUGGGGAUGAUUGAGAAGCUGUACGACGGCGUGGAGAUGCCACGGUCAGACUUCUCUGUCGCCUCGCUGUGGAAUCCAGCACCCACCUGGCCAGCACCCGGUGAGCCGCCUCAGUGGAAGGUUACCGAGACCUGGACGGGCGGCAACACGAGGAUGACGAACAAGAAGAAGCGCAAGGCGGCUGACCGCGUAGUCAAGGCUGCGGAGAGAGCCGCAGAGUUAGCUGCACGACGUCGCAUGAUCUCGUCCCUUCAACAGGGCGCCGCUGGCGCUGGCGCCGCGUCAGGCGGCACCAUCCUCAACCGCAGCCUCAGCGUGGGGCCGCGGUUUGUGACCGCGGCCGGCAGCUGCCAGGCGACGGGUGCGGCUGGAGGCAAGGCGACCUACGACAAGCAGAAGGGGAUCUUCAACGAAGCCAAUGCCCAAAAGGUGGCGGCCGGCAGGGAGGCGGGCGGCGCCGCGUGCGUCGCCAAGGAGAAGGGCAUCCACGCCCCCGGUUCCGAUGCCAGGCAGAGGGGCGCUCUUAGGAUGGUCAAGAAGGCCCAGGAGGCGAGCUCCUCCUGGUUUGAAGUUUGGGAGCGGAAGGAGGGCGGCAAGCCCUGGGAGCUGGGCAAGAAGAGGAAGGAAGUCAUCAAUAAGCUGCCGGCCCGGAGCUCCAUCCAACCCCCCGCCAGCAUCCGCGCCCUCUGCCACCCACCCGUGAAGAAGACAGUCACCUGCGCAACCACCAACAUUGAUGGCGGCCCACCUGACAUCUACAAGAUGAGGGGGCCCUUCGAGGAGCUGCCGCUGUUGCUUGUGGAGGUAUUUAGGGGGGCGGUGGCGGCAGCCGGAGGCUGCGCGGUCUAG